CCCGGAGCACUGUGUUCGAGGCUUGUUCAGGGGCGGGUAGGUAGCGGUUGGUUAAUGUUUAACCGCUCGCUGGGGACGUUGAAGCUGCGGUCCUGGUCUCUGGCUCCUCCCCAUUCCUGGAGCGCCCCCAGCCGGGGGAACAGAUCUGCCCUCCUAUGUCUGUGGUGUCGCCUGCAGGGCUGCCUCUGCCUGUUAGGGGUCCCCUGGCUGCUGUGGCCCUCUGAUUACCUGCCUACCUUUUGCGCUUGCUGGACUUCAGAUCUGACCCCACACCUGCCUGUUACCUUGGGAGUGUCCGCCUCCCCUCCCGGCCAGCACGAUGCCCAUCCUCAAGCAGCUAGUGUCCAGUUCUGUGCACUCCAAGCGCCGCUCUCGUGUGGACCUCACAGCAGAAAUGAUCAGUGCCCCUCUGGGUGACUUCCGCCACACUAUGCAUGUGGGCCGGGCUGGAGAUGCCUUUGGGGAUACCUCCUUUCUCACUAGCAAGGCGGGUGAGGCUGACGGUGAGUCCCUGGAUGAGCAGGCCUCCUCCUCAUCUUCUAAACGCAGCCUCCUGUCCCGCAAGUUCCGGGGCAGUAAACGGUCACAGUCGGUGACCAGAGGGGACCGGGAGCAGAGAGACAUGCUGGGCUCCCUUCGGGACUCAGCACUGUUUGUCAAGAAUGCCAUGUCCCUUCCUCAGCUCAAUGAGAAGGAAACCACUGAGAAGGGGUCCAGCAAGCUACCCAAGAGCCUGUCAUCCAGCCCUGUGAAGAAGAUAGAUGCUGGAGAUGGUGGCCAGGAGACAGGCUCUGGGGACAUGGGUCCCCCUCGGAAUGGGGCCACAGGCCCCCACUCUCCUGACCCACUCCUUGAUGAGCAGGCCUUUGGGGACUUGACAGAUCUGCCCAUUGUGCCCAAGGCCAGUUAUGGACUGAAACAUGCUGAGUCCAUUAUGUCCUUCCACAUCGACCUGGGGCCCUCCAUGCUGGGGGACGUCCUCAGCAUCAUGGACAAGGAUGAGUGGGACCCAGAGGAGGAAGAGGGUGGCGGAUACCGUGACAAAGAAGGCCCUAGCAGCAUGGUCCAGGCUCCCCCUUUGCUGGAGGUAGCUCCUCCUAUAGGAAGACAGGAAAGCAAGGCCAGCUCGGACCAGGCCUCCAUGCUGCCCCCACAUGCUCUGGAGGAUGACGGGUGGGCGGCAGCAGCCCCCAGCCCCAGCUCAGCACGCAGUGUGGGGAGCCACACCACUCGGGACAGCAGUUCCCUGUCCAGCUGCACCUCAGGCGUCCUGGAGGAGCGCAGCCCAGCUUUCCGAGGCCCAGACAGAGCCCGGGCUGCUGCUCCAAGGCAGCCAGACAAGGAAUUCUCCUUCAUGGAUGAGGAAGAGGAAGAUGAGAUCCGAGUUUGAGCUGGACAGAAAGUUGACAGUAGCUUCCGCAACUCUGGGUUGCAUCUUUUCCCUGCUGCUGCCGCCUUCACUAUGACCUUUGACCUUCCUAUGUAGGUGCAGCUAAGAGCCUCAUACUGGAGUAGACCCUGGACCUCGGGGAUUGGGGUGCCAGGGAGGUAGCAUGGGUACUGAUGGCCGGACUCGGACCUGACCUUCCUUUACUACAGCAGCCUGGGACAGCAGUGUCCCAGCAGGAAUCCAUUCCCCUCUCUGGGCCCCUGCUUCCAGCCUGGCCUCGGAUGGAUGCCAGACGUUAGUUUGUGUUUCUGCAGCAAUGGUAGGGCAGCCAAGUGUGGCCUUCUCUCCAGGGUCAUGGACACUUAGCUCCCUUUUUUCACCUGAUGUCUGCUGCCUACCAGGAAGGUAUAUGCAGCAGGAGACGGGUGGUCAUACGUCCAGGCUCUUCUUUCCUUCACCCCUGGCUCCUCACUGGAAGCCUGGUGCUCUUUGGGUUCAGCUGGGGCAGGGGACAGCCUCAACCAAUACACUAAACCUAGUCCUUCCCAGGGGCCAGGACAGGGUGGGGGGCAGAAGGAACUCCCCCAGCCCCCAGCUUCUUGGGUUUUCAAGAAGGGGCCCUUCCUCAGUGACACAGGAACAGGAAGGGCUAGCUCUGCCCUACGGGUGUAUUUGUUUGUUUGUUGUUAUUAUGUUUGAACCUGAAUAGUGGGGUAUCAAAAUCCCCUACCAGGAGAGUAUAAUCCUGUUAGCGAGAUUGUCUUGGUGGCACAGUGCCUGUUAGCUUACUCAAGUCUGGGUACUACAGACCCUGUCCAGGUUGAACUAUCGGGGGG